UCACAUUGAUAGUCACCACCAAAACAUAAACUCGUUUUAUCAAUCCGCAGUAAAAUAAAAAAUAUAUUUUUAACUAAAAUGGGUGAACGCUAUAACAUACACAGUCAAUUGGAGCAUCUGCAGAGCAAGUACAUUGGAACAGGACACGCAGAUACUACAAAAUUCGAGUGGCUAACCAAUCAACACCGCGACUCAUUGGCCAGCUACAUGGGACACUACGACAUGUUGAAUUACUUCGCCAUAGCUGAGAAUGAAUCGAAGGCCCGAGUGCGAUUUAAUCUAAUGGAACGCAUGCUGCAACCGUGUGGACCGCCACCAGAAAAACUAGAAGAUUAAUAAGGAAAAAUAUUUAAAAAAAAAUUAUAUACAAAAUGCUGUUUAUUUUAUUAGAGAUGGGAUAACAGACUUCGGUUUUUACGAUGAUUUUUAGUAUUUUUGUAUUAUUGGUGUUUAUAUUGCGACCUAAACUAGUUAUUUUUAAAACUCGAUUAGUGGUCACGUUGCUUGUGGCUCUGCCGAGUGCAGUCGGGGAAAGCUUUUAAACUCGAUAUAACUUAUUUUCGUUUUAAUUAUAUAUUAAUUUGAGCACUAGUGAUUUAUUUAAAUAUUAAAUAAUAAAUAAAUCAAAUGCUGAAGCACAACCAAUAACAUCUCUCGUUUUGGAUUAUACAAAUGUGUACAUAAAAAAGUAAUUCUCUCAACUAUACAAAUCGAAUAAAUACCGUGAAAAGCUCAGCCUCGAAAGUUUAUUGAAAAUCAACAAUAAAAAUCCAAAAGGAAAAACGAAGAAAAAGAAAUCAUCACCAACCCACAGCAGCGUCGUCGACGGCAGAUAGAUUGCUCCUGAAGAAGAAGAAGAGGGGAAACGGAGCCUAUCGAGUGGACGUGAAGACGUAGCUGCUGCCUCUGCUGCUGCUUCUGCCGCUGCCGCUGUCGCU